AUUUAUUUUAGCCAAAUAAAAAAUUCAUAGAACAUCAAGUGAAAAUCAAAGAUCUGUUCUGUUGAGGGAGAGAUUAAAGGAUCAAUACAACCUAAAUUACAACUGAUCACGAUUGAAAUCCUUUCAAUUUUGAAGAAACGGUGAGUCGAAUUUUCCUUUUAGGGUUUUAUUUUCGGUGUUUUGAAUCUUCAAUUGACCAGCGUUAAGUUGUUGUAAUUUGGGUAUUUUGUUAAACUUCGAGUCUUCCAUGCGUCUGAAACAGAAUCCGUAUGUUAUUUUGCUUGAAUUUCGGUUGCGCUAGAUGUUUUUGGCAGUAAAGCUUGUGUUGCCCUUUUUGCCCCUUUUUUAGGUUUUAAUUUGGUUUCAAAUUACUAUCGGAUUUACAAAUCAAGCUUGAACAGCUCUUUUUGAUGUUAUAAAUCUGUUUAUGCUUUAGAUUUUCAAAAAUACUAACAAUCAGUUCGAGAUUUUGUUAUUGCUCAGUGUAUUUAUUUGAUUAUGAAAACUGUAAGAUCAGAAUUGGUUUCAAUUUAGUGUUAUGAUUUCAUCACCAGAUUCUGCCAUGGAAUAGUAAUAGUAAUGCUCUGCUUCCUUUCACAAUCACAGGCUUUGUGUUAUUUCUGUAUUUGUGUUGAAGAAGAUUCAAUUGCUUACAAAUUACAGUAAAAAUGGUGUUAAGAAAGGGGCAAAAUGUGGAGGUUAUGGUAAAAUCCGAUGAACCGUUUUGGUGGCGUCCGGGUCGAAUUCUUUCGGGAAAUAGCUGUAUGUGUCGUAUACAAUAUUGCAGUUGUUCUAACCCUGAUAACGGACAUGUUGAGAUGGUGUCGACAAAGGUUGUCAGGCCGUGCCCUCCGGUGGGGCAAGGCGGUGAGAAUUUCAACGCCGGAGAUGUCGUGGAGGUGUUUUACGACGAUAUUUGGAUGGCCGGUAAAGUUUUGAAAGUUGUCGAAAAGAAAAGAAGACAAUGGAUGGUAAGGCUCCCGGGAUGCACGCGUAUGCGCGAAGCAAUCGUUGAUCGAUCUCAAAUUAGGAUGAGAAGUAUUCGGCGCGACGGAAAAUGGAUUACUCCGAAUGCAAAGAGUUUCAUUGUCUCCACGAGAUCGCUAAAGUGGAUGUCUCCCUACGGCUCGUCGAUCAUCGAAGCGAGCAAUCGACAUGUCCAAAAGCUACAAGCAAUCGAGAAAGACGACCGGAGAACAGCUAGAAAAAUCUUUUGCGAUAAUUCAGACAGCGAUGGCGCCUCCGUUGGUAGCUGUAGUGUCGCCGAUCGUAAUCGAGAAAAUUCUUACGUUCCAUUUACACCCCAGGCUCGGCGAGAAAGCGACGGCGCUUGUAGCGACACGGAGUCGUGCAGCAAUCCGAUUGCAUCGUUUAGGUUCAAGGAGGACGUGGAAGUGAAUGUCCGUUUGUUAGAAAUCGAUGCUUAUCGUAGAACGCUUGAAGCGUUGUAUGCUUUGGGGCCGUUGAGCUGGGAACGGGAAAAGUUGUUGACGGAUCUUCGGAUUUUUCUCGGCAUAUCGAACGACGAACAUAUGGCGGAGCUGAGGCACCUCAGAUCGGAGAAUGAUCGGAAACAUUUUCGAUCGUUUGCUCGGUGAGAAAGAUGAUCAUUUUUGGAAAGUUUAGACUUUGCUUUGCUUGUAGGAAUUAACAUUUUGACAGAUUUUUUUUGCUUUAGGGUGUGUUUGUUCGGGAUUGGAUUUUAAAUAUACUAUUCAUCCUUUUUUUUUUUUUCAAAAACAUCAAAUAAAACACCUAUUUUUUAUUUUUUAUAUUAUAUUAAUAUUGAUUUUACGUUGAAAACAUCACAUCAACACCUGUUUAUAUCAUAUCAUACAACUAUUCAAAUUCAAUAUUUUUAAUAUUCAAAUUUCAACUCAAAAUCCAAACCCCCAAAUAAACACACCCAAGAGUAUUAAAUCAAAUAAUUCUUUG